AUGGGGCUCCUGCCCAAGCCCGGAGCGCGCCAGGGCAGCGGCACCUCCUCGGUCCCGGCCAGACGUUGCUCCCGCUCGAUCUUCAGCAACAUUAAGGUCUUCGUGCUUUGCCAUGGUCUCCUGCAGCUCUGCCAGCUGCUGUACAGUGCCUACUUCAAGAGCAGCCUCACCACGAUUGAGAAACGCUUUGGGCUGUCCAGUUCUUCCUCCGGUUUCAUCUCCAGUUUGAAUGAGAUCAGCAACGCUACCCUCAUCAUCUUUGUCAGCUACUUUGGCAGCCGCGUGAACCGCCCACGGAUGAUCGGCAUAGGGGGUCUCCUCCUGGCUGCAGGGGCCUUUGUCCUCACCCUCCCACACUUCCUGUCAGAGCCCUAUCAGUACGCAUCAUCAUCGCCGACUACUGCUGGAAACAGCAGCCUCUUUCCGAAAGACCUCUGUCAGAAGCAUCUGUCAGACCUGUCCCCCAGUAAGUGCCACAGCACUGUGCCAGAUACCCAGAAGGAGACCAGCAGCAUGUGGGGCCUGAUGGUGGUUGCGCAGCUGCUGGCCGGCAUUGGGACAGUGCCCAUCCAGCCAUUUGGGAUCUCCUAUGUGGACGACUUUGCAGAGCCUACCAACUCGCCUCUGUAUAUCUCCAUCUUAUUUGCCAUCGCCGUGUUUGGACCGGCUUUCGGGUACCUGCUGGGCUCAGGCAUGCUGAAGAUCUUUGUGGACUAUGGCAGAGUGGACAUGGCUACAGUGAACCUGAGCCCAGGUGACCCUCGGUGGAUCGGAGCCUGGUGGCUGGGCCUGCUCAUCUCCUCGGGCUUCUUGAUUGUCACCUCUUUGCCCUUUUUCUUCUUUCCUCGAGCAAUGUCCAGAGGAGCGGAGAGGUCUGUUACCGCAGAGGAAACAAUGAAGAUGGAGGAGGACAAGUCAAGAGGCUCCCUGAUGGAUUUCAUUAAACGGUUCCCCCGCAUCUUCCUGAGGCUGCUGAUGAACCCACUCUUCAUGCUGGUCGUCCUGAGCCAGUGCACCUUCUCCUCCGUCAUUGCCGGUCUCUCCACUUUCCUCAACAAGUUCCUGGAGAAGCAGUACGGAGCCUCGGCGGCCUACGCCAACCUCCUCAUUGGUGCUGUGAACCUUCCGUCUGCAGCCUUGGGGAUGCUGUUUGGAGGAAUCCUCAUGAAGCGUUUUGUUUUCCCUCUGCAAACCAUCCCCAGAAUAGCUGCUGCCAUCAUGACCAUCUCCAUGAUUCUGUGCGCCCCUCUCUUCUUUAUGGGAUGUUCCACACCAGCCGUGGCUGAGGUCUACCCUCCCAGCACAUCAAGUUCUAUACAUCCGCAGCCUCCUGCCUGCCGCAGGGACUGCUUGUGCCCAGAUUCCAUCUUCCACCCUGUCUGCGGAGACAAUGGAGUCGAGUACCUCUCCCCCUGCCACGCCGGCUGCAGCAGCCUCAACGUGAGCUCAGUAGCUUCUAAGCAACCGAUCUAUUUGAACUGCAGCUGUGUGACUGGAGGAUCUGCGUCAGCCAAGACAGGCUCGUGCCCUGUGUCCUGCGCACACCUGCUGCUCCCGUCCAUCUUUCUCAUCUCCUUUGUGGCUCUCAUUGCCUGCGUCUCCCACAACCCCCUCUACAUGAUGGUCCUACGUGUGGUGAACCAGGAAGAAAAGUCAUUUGCCAUUGGAGUUCAGUUCUUGUUGAUGCGUUUGCUGGCCUGGCUGCCGGCUCCUUCCCUUUACGGCCUCCUCAUCGAUUCCUCCUGUAUCCGGUGGAACUACCUAUGCUCAGGGAGACGAGGGGCCUGUGCGUAUUAUGACAACGAUGCUCUCCGAAACAGGUACCUGGGCCUACAGGUGAUCUACAAGGCCUUGGGCACGCUGCUGCUCUUCUUUAUCAGCUGGAGGGUGAAGAAGAACAGGGAAUAUAGCCUGCAGGAGAACACCUCAGGCCUCAUCUGACCCUCAGCUGGGACUACUGCCCUGCCCCAGAGACUGGAUCCUACCCCUCCACACCUACCUGUAUUAACUAAUGUUAACAUGCCUUCCUCCUCUCUCUUCUCUCUCUCUCUCUCUCUCUCUCUCUCUCUCUCUCUCUCUCUCUCUCACACACACACACACACACACACACACACACAUACACACACACACACACACACACACACACACACACACGAGACAGAAAGACAGAGAGAGAAAGAGAGACAGAGAGUAUGUGUGUGUUCACUCAGCCGCCUCUUCCUCCUAAAGUCUCCCCCAUGGUUCUUAGGGCCUGACGUGUACUGAACUGAAUGAGCACUGGGCAGGAAAGUCGAGUUUCUCAAAGUCCUCGGAAGGGAUCCCCAACAUAGGCAGGCUCCCCUCAGCACUGGGUCCUCCAACAAGAUGCCCAUACUAAGGCAGCCUCUGUCCUCACCUGUCUCUCAGGAAUACUUAAGUGCAGUGAGAAAAGAGAGCCUUGCGUUCCUUCUGUGCCGGGCAGCCCAGCUCUCCUCUGCUUCUACCCACACCACACCCAGCAGAGAGGCAGAGGAGGUGCGGGUGGUUGGUUUCUUAUCAGCUACCACUGGGCUCAGGGAGCUGGCCGUGGACGCUUUUCAUCUGGAUUCAGUCUAGCAUGGAACCCAGGAGGGACUGUCUCCCCUUACUUUCCUACUUUCUGCCCUCAAGGCUGACAUUUUGGGAUAUAUAUAUAUAUAUAUAUAUAUAUAUAUAUAUAUAUAUAUAUAUAUAUAGCCUAGCCCUCUCUAUAUACCAUACCCUGGUGUCAGAGCAAGAACAAAGGACCCAACAAGGCUAGGUCAUCCAAACGCUGUUCAUAGGAUCCUGAGGCCUACCUUCCUGUCAGCAUGUUUCCUUUAGCCUUUCAAACCAACAGAGCCACAAGGAGCUCACAUAUGAAGGGUCCAGUCUCCCACCCUCACAGUGGAGACAAGGCCUUCCCCGUUCAGAGACACAAACGACUCCCAUGCCCCAGAGACAGAAGAAUGGCCUCACAUGGGAUUCUCUGUCUGGACCUCAGCUCAUGUGCAGAGGAGGAAAGAGGGGCCUCCCGAGAGGGAGCAGAGCGGAUGCCACCUGUCACUGUGCUAGAUGGCAAACUGCAGCCCACAAAGAGGGCAGUCGGGUUGACUCACUUGCAAACACAUUGUCUUCACUGGCAGUUUCUCAGCUUCUCCUCACUACCUCUGGGUGGAGGUGGGCUCCUUCUGGGGGCCUGGGCUGGGAGCCACCGCUGCUGCUGGGCAGUGGAGAGACAAAGGCAGAGGCCCAGGAAUGAGGCCUUUCACCAACGAUUCUGAUCACCAGAGGCUGGCUUGGUGCUUGGUGCUUGGCAGGGAUAGUGUUUGGUUCUCUGAGAGCUUUCCUGAGAACCUUACCUCCAUUCAUCUAGGGCUUCCUCCCAGAGGCCGCUCAGUGGGCAGGAAGGGCACACUCACAUACUUGCCAAGCAUAUCGAGUACCGAAGAUUGGCGGAAAAGAUCCCGGCCUGGCCACCCAUGCAUAUCCUUUAGGGCUCCACGAGACUGACUGCGUGCCUGAGAUGGAGAGCCGGCUCACCGCGUCCCUGAAGCAGCUAGGCAAUUGACAUUGCCCUGUGUAACAUUUAAGUGCCUUUCAGAAAUGCCUUAUAUGGUGAGAAGCCAAAUGGUUUAUGUCGGCGUGGCAAAGCCCCUGUGAGACUGGAGCCUUCAUGGAGCCUUCGUUACUGGCAGUGUUCUUUCUGAAGCCGCCGGGCUCAUUUCCACAGAUCUUAUUAAGGAGGCUCCACACAACCUCACGGGCCAGUUUCGGCAUGUGCGCCGGUUCUGCUUGGAACAUGACUCUCUGCGACUAACCCUGGGCUUACUCACUGCAAUUUAACCAAAGUCUGGAGGCACAGCCUUCAGCCAACCUCGCGAACCAUGAAUGCCAACCUUCCGUUUCUGGGACAUUGGCUAUCCCCGCAAGCCUUUCUUCUAUUAUAUUGCUGUUAAUAUAUUAUAAUCCGGUGAUGGAUGUAAGUUGGUUGUGAGUUUGUGAUGCCGCGGGCCUAUCGGAGAGCAGACAGAAUCUGUGCCUUCUAGAUGAAGAAGUGGCCGUGCUCCAACCUUUAGAGGCCUGUAGCCAAGGGCACUAGAGGCCAUGUCACUCACUCUCAAGCCACCAGGCAUUGCUGGUGGCUGUGUGGGGCCCGGUGCCUUCUGUUCAGACCAAUGUCAAAGACUCAUGGGAAUGGGCUCUUGGGAGGCCCAGUCACUGUCCCUGAGUUCAUAUCCAGAAGUGGGCUCAGUCACAAACACUAUAUUCAUGAAUACCACAGCCAUAACUGAUCAUUUACUGCUAUCCGGCAAAUCUUGCCUCUCAAAUGCCAAAGGUUAAAAUACAGGAACCCCCGGGCUGGAGAGAUGGCUCAGUGGUUAAGAGCACUGGUUGCUCUUCCAGAGAUCCUGAGUUCAAUUCCCAGCAACCACAUGGUGGCUCACACCAUCUAUAAUGGGAUGUGUUGCCCUCUUCUGGCGUGCAGGUGUACAUAGACACUUUUAAAAAAUGCAGGAACACCCUUCACAAAGCCUAAGUCCCUUUCUGUGACUAUAAAAGGGAUCCAGAAAGCUCUGUGUGAUAUGGGUCACCCAUGCAUAGAGCCAAAUCCAGUCCAAUUGACCCUGAGGACUAACAACCAAAGGUACCUUUACAUUAAAGAAGGCCACAGUAGGUCUUUGGUCUCUUCUCCUUGCUUCUCUAAGAGUCUAGAAAGCCUGUAGCGUCUGACUCAGGGGCAGAGUCCCAUUUCUGGACACAACCAUAGAAUGAUAUAGCUAUCUAGAUCAUCAUCUGCUGCCCCGCCCAACCUAGGAAACCCUUCCCUCUUUGCCACCCCAAUCUUUCUUGCACCAUCCAGUCUCACAAAGAGGGAACAAAUGAACCAGAAAAUGAAGGGUUUGCCAUCCUUUGGAAGAGAGGGAUGUCUAUCAAGUAUACUUUGGUCCAAAGCCUCUGGCAGGAUCUCCAUCACAGCCUAUAAUAGGAGCCACACUAAUCCAUUUGAAAAUAAAGAAUCCUGGGCAUGUGGAGCACACCUUUAAUCCCAGCACUUGGGAGGCAGAGGCAACUGGAUCUGUGAGAGUUUGAGGCCAGCUUGGUCUACAUGAUCAGUUCCAGGGCAGCCAGGGCUACAUAGUAAGACCUUGUCUCAAUAAAAAAAAAAAAGGAAGAGUGGGGGAGGAAAAGAAAGGAAAGAAGAAAAGAAAAGGAAAAAAAAAAAGAACUCAAAAAUCAAGGAAGCAGGCAGGAGAGAGCUUUCAGAGAAAGCCCAGGUCUUUCUGGCUGCCCCAAGCCCCUCUCUCCUUUUAAACCAUUCUGAAGUUAGGGAGAGUCUUGGGUAGUGAGAAGGCCCCCUCUUUUCCCACUGAAGUUCAUUGACUUGUGAGAGAGAAGUGGAGGGAUCUCUUUCCGGGUGGUGUAGGUUAGGUGAUAGAGGUUGGGAGAUCAGGUGAUAUUUCAAUUACCUACAUUCUAGUCAAGUUUCCAAGAACAUCGUAACUACUCAUCAAACAAGAUUCAGUGAUCCCUCUGGGCACCACAAGGUAAAGAACAGACGUGGAGAAAAGGGGCAGAGAGGAGAGGACUUGGAGAAGCAGAGCUAUGAGAAUGAGGCACACAGACCUUGGGGGAAUGUCCCAUCUGGUAACCGGUUCUCAUGUUCUCGCUUAAGAAACAAAACCAUGCUGUAUUUGCCUUCAACACUUUCAAAGAUGGAGAGAUGUAGCUAAGUCGGGUCCCAAAUUACUGUCAACUCGAUAGUAAAAUAUUGUAUUACAGCUUCCCAGAGAGAUUAGCAGCGGUAUGUGUAUGUGUGUGUGUGGGGGGGGGGGGGAUCUUUGCAAAUCGAGAAAAAUAAAAUCCUAUCUUUCCCAGCCACAGGAACUAAACAUUGGAAGGCAAAAUGCCCAGCACCUGCCAAAAGGGCCAAAUUCGUUAACCUUUCAUCGGUGAUUAAAUAUGCAAACAGGUUCUGGGCAAGCCCUUGGCAAAUCAUUAAUGAGAGACAGGCUUUCUCUCGUGACAAUGCCCUGCUCCACACCCAUUCCCAGCCCUGUAAGGCGGCCACAGGACACAGGGCUCUCUCUCUCUACCUUGCUAAAGUCCCUGCGCCCUAGGCACCUGAUAGAUACACUUUGAUAACAAUAAUAAAACGUACAUAGAUCGCU